CACCAAUAGUAUACCACUCUCUCUCUCUCUCUCAAAACCAUAAUUCACAACAACAAGAUUAAAAAAGAUUAGUACACUUACACAAAAAACACUAUCAUCAUCCUCACCUUCUUCUUUCUUUUCUUCCACUUAACCAUAAAACUUUCUACCUUUUUCUCCUUUAUCGUUUCCACCCUUACAAUAGUAACUACCUCCUUCUCAUCUCAUCCAAUCUUAUCUCUUCAAUCUCUAUAUCAAUCUUAUUUUCAAAGUUGACUUCAGUCUAUAAGUAUCUCUAGUUGAGUUAGAUUCGUCUGUCCCGACUCUGGUGAACCUCGAGACCCAACUCAUCUAAAACUGAUAUAUAUAUAUAUAUAUAUAUAGAUCUUUUCAAAUUCUCGUUAGAUCUAUCUAUGGCGGAAGAAGAUCGGAACGUAAGACUUAACGGCAACCGCAUCAUCGACGUAGUCUUAGACUGUGUAAUCCCUUACAUAACCGAUCCAAAAGACCGGGACGCAGUUUCACAAGUCUGCCGACGAUGGCACGAGCUAGAUUCCAUGACUCGAAAACACGUCACCAUCGCUCUCUGUUACACCACAACACCGUGGCGGCUCCGUCGUAGAUUUCCACAUCUAGAGUCGUUGAAACUGAAAGGAAAACCACGUGCAGCGAUGUUUAAUUUGAUUCCUGAAGAUUGGGGAGGUCAUGUUACGCCAUGGAUUAACGAAAUUUCUCAGUAUUUUGAUUGUUUAAAGAAUCUUCAUUUUCGGAGGAUGAUUGUUCAAGAUUCCGAUCUUAAUAUUCUUGCUGAAUCGCGUGGUCAUGUUCUUCAGUCUCUUAAGCUUGAGAAAUGUUCUGGAUUUUCUACAAAAGGUCUUGGAUAUAUUGGUCGCUUUUGCAGGAGUUUAAGAGUUUUGCUUUUGGAGGAAAGCACAAUUGUUGAGAAUGUUGAGAAUGAUGAAGAAAAUGAGAACGAAUGGCUACACGAGCUUGCCAUGAAUAACACGGUUCUCGAGUCUCUAAAUUUUUACUUGACAGAUGUUGAAGUCAAAGUUCAGGACCUCGAGCUUUUAGCCAGGAAUUGCCCAAACUUGGUGUCUGUAAAGAUUACCGAUUGUGAAAUCUUGGAUCUUAGGAAUUUUUUCCGCAAUGCAACUGCUCUGGAAGAAUUCUCUGGUGGCACCUACAACGAGGAACCUGAAAGAUACACUGCUUUAAUGUUACCGGCAAAGUUAUGCCGAUUGGGUCUAACAUACAUUGGAAAGAAUGAAUUGCCAAUAGCGUUUCCGUAUGCAGCUGGACUAAAAAAAUUGGAUCUCCUCUAUGCCAUGCUAGACACAGAGGAUCACUGUAUGUUGAUCCAAAAGUGCCCAAAUUUGGAAGUCCUUGAGACGAGAAAUGUAAUUGGAGAUAGAGGAUUAGUGAUUCUUGGUCACUGCUGUAAGAAGUUAAAAAGACUUAGGAUUGAACGAGGUGAUGAUGACCAAGGAUUGGAGGAUGAAGAAGGUACCGUGUCCCACAGAGGAUUAAUUGCUUUGUCACAAGGGUGUACAGAACUUGAAUAUUUGGCUGUGUAUGUGUCCGAUAUUACAAAUGCAUCUCUGGAACAUAUUGGCACUCACUUGAAGAAACUCUGCGAUUUUCGCCUUGUCUUGCUUGAUCACGCAGAGAGAAUAUCAGAUUUGCCACUUGACAACGGGGUGCGGGCUUUGCUGAUGGGGUGUGACAAGCUUGUUAGAUUUGCAUUAUAUCUGCGGCGUGGUGGCUUGACUGAUGUUGGUCUUGGUUACAUUGGCCAACACAGUCAAAAUGUGAGGUGGAUGCUGUUAGGGUAUGUGGGGGAAACUGAUACAGGGCUUUUGGAGUUCUCAAAUGGCUGUCCUAGUCUCCAGAAACUUGAAAUGAGAGGAUGUUCCUUUUUCAGCGAGCAUGCGCUUGCAAUUGCUGCAACACGAUUGACUUCUCUUAGGUACUUGUGGGUUCAAGGGUAUGGUGCAUCUUCGUCUGGAAGUGGUCUUUUGGCAAUGGCUCGCCCUUUUUGGAACAUUGAGUUAAUUCCUUCUAGGCAAGUUGCUGUCAAUAACAAUGUCAAUCCGGAUGAGCCUCAGGUUGUUACGCAUCCAGCUCAUAUUCUUGCAUACUACUCUCUUGCUGGCCUGAGAUCAGAUUUUCCAAAUUCUGUUGUACCAUUGAACCCUGUUGCGUAUGUUGAUGCCUAGAGUUGUGUAUACACCAAUUUUUGCUUUUCUUGUUUGUAAGUUCCUGCUGUAUUUGUAAUUGAGGGUUCCCAUUUUGCUCUGCAACUCCCUAGACAAUAAUAGUCUUGUAAUAAGCCCACGUUUUCAUUUUGUAGUCCAGAAAUGAGUCUACCAGUUAUGCAGUUUGUUCCCUUUAAAUCCAAGAUUCUCAAUUUUGUAAAUAUAUUGUAAUAACAACUGUUUUUCCUUUACAUUCAUAUUUUUUAUUUGAGA